CUCCCGCCCGAUUAUCCACACUCAACCGACGCCGUUUCUGUCUCUUCCUUUCCUUCGCCUGUUCGCCACCUGGCAUACAUAAAUAUCUCCAGUUCUUGCUUCUUCUAUUCCCCCCAUUCUGCUUGCAAUCUGAUUUCGGGUGCGUGAUUUUCACUUGCGGGUUUCCAAAAGUCACCAACUUUCAUUGCUACGAGGAAGAUGUAAGUUUUGGGUUCUUGAUUUCCUUUUCCCCUCUCGUAAAGUUCCUUCCUUUUUUAUGGGUUUUUUCAGGUGAUUUCUUCUUCCGAGAUUUUCCUUGUUCCUUGCCGAGAUCUAGAUUCGCUUUGAACCUUAUGAUCCCUGUUUUGUACUGGGAAUUGUUUUCACUCCAUGUAUCUGUAAUGGGUACCAAUUGUUUUGUGUUUGCUCGACUCCCGAGGGUGUGAAUUUGACUGAAUUUCGUUUGUUUUUAAUGCCAGAGACCUGAGAUUACAACAAUGGUGAAAGAGACAGCUUACUAUGACAUUUUGGGUGUCAAUGUGGACGCCUCAGCAGCUGAUAUCAAGAAGGCUUACUACAUCAAGGCAAGAAUCGUUCAUCCCGAUAAAAACCAUGGUGAUCCAAAGGCUGCUGAAAACUUUCAGAAACUUGGAGAGGCGUAUCAGGUGUUAAGUGAUCCAGAGAAGCGUGAAGCUUACGACAAACAUGGAAAGGACGGCUUAUCACAGGAUGCCAUGGUGGACCCUGCAGCUGUAUUUGGAAUGCUGUUUGGCAGCGAGUUUUUUGAAGAAUAUAUCGGCCAGCUUGCUCUGGCUUCAAUAUCGACGAUUGAAAUUGAAGACAAUUUGGAUCCUGAAACCCACAGGCAGAGAGUUCAGGAAAAGAUAAAGGCAAUGCAAAAGGAGAGGGAAGAAAAGCUAAUAACAAAUCUUAAGAAUCUUAUUGAACCAUUUGUUGAAGGACGGGUGGAUGAAUUUGUAAACUGGGCGAAUUCUGAGGCAGUACGGCUUUCUGGAGCUGCAUUUGGUGAAGCUAUGCUGCACACUAUUGGCUAUAUAUAUACGCGUAAAGCUGCUAGAGAGAUUGGAAAGGACAAUCGGUACAUGAGAGUACCAUUUUUAGCGGAGUGGGUACGUGAUAAAGGACACCAAAUGAAGUCACAAGUUAUGGCAGCGUCAGGUGCUGUCUCUUUAAUCCAGAUACAGGAGGAAUUGAAGAAACUGAACCAAGCGGAGAACAAGGAAGAGAACUUGAUGAAAGCUGUUGAAGACAGGAAGGACGCUAUGCUCCAAUCUCUUUGGCAGAUCAAUGUGGUUGAUAUCGAGACUACUUUAUCUCGUGUCUGCCAAGCUGUGCUCAAAGACCCUUCUGUGUCCAAGGAUGUUCUUCGACUGCGAGCCAAAGCAUUGAAGAAACUAGGAACAGUCUUCCAAGGUGCCAAAGGUCCUUACUGCAGGGAAAACAGUUUGCGCCACGAGAGCCUGGUCAAACCAGCUGGCAUGACAUCUCAGUCCGUCUGAUCUCGAACCACACACCUCAUCAAGAUUUCACAAUAUCAAGAGUGCACAUAGAUGAUUAUGAUCUUAUAAUCCCUGUAGCAUACAGAUAUGCAGGAGUGCACAUAUAUGUAUGGUAUGCCCCAAUUGGUUGAUUAUUCAUACUCUUGGCUGAGUGUUUCCCUUAUGAUGCAAUGUAAGAGACCUGAACAAAGUUUUAUGCUUUGGUUGUGAAUGCCCGUUUUCGAAAGAGCCCGGUUGUGAAAAUACUUUGGAUUUCUUGUUUGAUUAUUGAAGAUCAAAGGGCUAUUCUUUGAGAUAAUGCUAAAGUAAUUUGUUUUUCAAGAUGGUGGAAGCAAUAAGCAUGCAUCUUGGACAAUACGCUCCUACCUUCUUUUCUUCUUUAAUUUACUUUGCUUUUCCCCUACUGUGAGUCUGUGACUCUGCAGUUCUUGGAUAAGAACUUCUGUAUGUAUCAACAAGAAGAAGGUUCUGAUUAGAACUGUUGUUCUUUCUACCAGUAUUUGUCAUCUGCAUAAAUUUUUCUGUUUGCAACUUAGUAGGUAGGAUCAAAGAUCAAUAUUUACUUAUUUGAACAUAAUUAAUCGGACUGAUAAGAAUCGAUAUUUUUAUCGGGUACUGGGAAGAUGGUGGUUCCAACAACGAUGUGUGCUUUCAUUUGACUUGCUUGGCAUGACAAUAUUGCCGGCCAUCGAGAAUCUCAAGCUAAGAGGCAUUCAGGUCCUUCAUAGGUGUGUUCUUGCAUCGUGUCGAGUUCAUCGUUCACAUAUUGAUGCUUUGUGGCUUUAACCUAAACUUUGGUAUAGGGUUCUUCUCCAGUCUUUACAUAAAAGGUGUAUUGUUCGUCUGUGUAUGUCCAAACAUAUGCAUGAUAGGAUUUUCAGGAUCUAGGCAAGGCCAUAAUCCUGAAGAUCAGGCAAGGCAGGUUUUCUAGUUAGAGCUUUACAGGACCAUUAUUGCACUUUGAACAAACUAGUGCUGUCGAUCAUCAUGCAAACCAAGGGUCAAGAAUCAAGAGACAUCAUAACCAAGCUAUCAAGUGACAAAGAUUGCCAUUACAUCAUUAAUUUUCUUAUUACUCUGCUUCUUUAUUAAUUGUGAAACAAUUAUUUUUUUUUUUUAUAAGGAAUCGUGAAACAAUUAAAGUAAGCCACAAACUGAACUUUAUCCCACAAACGAGUUAACUGUAUUUAGUUAGAGCCUAAUCCAACCUAAUACUUCAUUUUUUUACAAGGACAAAACAAAGUCCUAGUUCAUCCUUACUAUCAUUCCUCUUUUAUCCCAUUUUUCUCCCCAUAAUUGCUUGCUUAGCAUCUCCUUCAACAUGGUCACACUUUCCAUUCUUUGCUUCUGUUAGUGAACUUAUUCACAACAAAUUUGUCGAAUUGUAUAGAUCUCUUUUAUUCAAAGUAUUACAACACAAAAUUGGCAUGAAAUCUUCAUAUGUUAUGCAUUAGACACUUUGGCAACAAGAGUAAAGUCGGUACGGUUCACCUCUUUUAGCAUUUAUCUAGUUCUAAAAAUUGCAACACCACCUCCUUAACAUCAUGACCAAUAAGAUCAAAUACAAAUUUGUAUAAAGGAAUAUCGAAAUUGUAAGCUAAUCGAGUGUCUGAUGUGCUACCUUAUUUAAUUGGUCCAUCUUAGAGGUGGCAAAUGGAUUGGAUUGGUGGAUCCAUGGAUCUAUUGGAUUGGUGGAUUCAUGGAUUGGAUCAAGUGGAUUGGUGGAUUAUCCAUGAAUCCAAAUGACAUCUUCAACCAAGGACCAAUAUGUAAAAUGUAAAAAGUUUAGGUACUAAAAUGUCACAAUAAAAAAUUUUAGGUACC